AUGUCUCAUAUGCAUUCGUCCUCAAGUACAACGACCACCACCUACGUGCAAGAAGCGAACGAGAGGAACGAACAGAAUGGAAACCAAAACACAAUUGUGCGAAUUUUAAAGCUGACUCCCCAAAAAAUGGUCAGGUGGGAUGAAAACACUGUUGAUAAUGAGAACGCGCAGAAGAAGUCGUCCAAGGUCUGCUGCAUAUAUCACAAGCCCAAGGGCUUUGGGGAAAGCUCGGACUCUGAAUCGGAUUCGUCAGAGGAUGAAGGUGAAUGCAAAGGCUGUUCCAAGAAAGAUGAACCCAAAGAACAGAACAGGAAAGAAGAAAGCCAAAUUAAGAAAUAG